UUCUAUAUUUGCUCUAUAUUUGAGGGACGUUUCACACAUAUCAGACAAACCUUCACAUCAGAACUAGAAAUGGCAGAGAGUGAUGUUCAGUAUGCUUCAGUGGUCAUCAAAAGCAAGAGAUCUCCAAGAGCUAAAAAUGUGGAAGAGGUUGUGUAUGAUGAAGUGAAUAUAAGAAAUCAAACGGCUCAGCAAACGUCUGAAAAAAAUGACUCUGCAGGACCUUUAACAGACAAUGAAGCAAAAAGAAGAUUUCUCUGCUAUCAGAAGUUGACUUGUUGCUUUGGGAGUCUAUGUGUGAUUUUGGUUUUGGCCAUCAUUGGAGUUUGUUUCUACUAUGUAUCUUCUCACAAGAGUGAUGAAGAGGAGCUGAAGCACCUGAAAGCCAACCAAACAUUCCUGCUGCAGGAAAUUUACAACCUGACAAACAUCAACAAAAACCUCACAGAACAAAUGGAACCCAUAAAGAAAACCUGGAAUGAGCAGAACAUCAGUCGAGCUCAGUGGAGCAUUGAUGAAUACUGUCGCAUGGAAAACAACAAGAGAACGUGUGUUUCUUGUCAGAAAGGCUGGCUACAGUCUCAGUCCAGCUGCUAUGCAGUUAAUAAUGUUGAACCUCAACAUCAGAAAACCUGGGAAGAAGCACGAGAAGACUGCAGAGGAAAGAGUUCAGAUCUGACUGUUGUUGAUAAUGAAGCUGAAAAGGUGUUUGUUAAAGACACGAGUUGGGUUAAUAACAGAAUUAAAGGAUACUGGAUCGGUCUCAGAGUUGAAGAAGGGAAAUGGAAAUGGAUCGAUGGAAGUGAUCUGACCAAUCAAGACUGGAUACAGCAGCAGUCUGCAACUGAUGGUCAAUGUGUAACUUCUCUCCAGAACCAAGAAUGGAGAUCAGUGAGGUGUAAUGAAAGGAACGCAUGGAUCUGUGAGAAGAAGGCUUUAUCUGUUUAAACAUGAAAUAUUCAGAUUUCUGGAGGAUACUUGGAAAACCUUAAAAUAAAAAUUUUUUUUGUUUGUUUUUUCGCUAGCUCUAAACAGUUAUCACAUAUUAUUGAUUAUAAUGUAAAUUAAAAUUAAAUUAAAUAUAUAACAGAAUUAGAAUGAUUUUUUAUAGUAUUUGUUAUAAUUUAAACUUUAAAUUAGCUUUUUUCAUCCCACCUUUAUUGAACAUAUUUAGAAAAAGCAUCUCCCUUUAGGUGACACAAAAUAUUUAUUAAUUUAAUACCUUUAAAAUGCUUUUCUGCUGUUUGUUUCUUGGCCAAAGAUUUAUAAAAUAUUCAAAUUCAUUAAAAAAAGGCCAACGACUUCUAUAAUCCCUGUUUUCUGUGGUUAACUUUUUAAAGUAA